AUGAAUGCAGAAGAAGCUAUUUACACAAGACGUUCACAUGACGGUUUUGAUCCUCAAGCAGGACCAUCACAGGUUGGCGAAUUCCCUCCAGCAGAUAAAAGGAGGAGAGAAGUUGCCCGCAAGACAGGAGGCGAACCAAAGAACAAGAAGGUGGACUCAAGAUCUUCCCCGAAGCGGGGAGGAGCUGGAGGUCCGCCACAAGGCAGGUAUAAACAGUUCACUCCGCUCAUAGCUACAGCAGAGCAAAUCCUUAGUAACCUGCAAGACGACCCAGACCUCAAGUGGCUUGGGAAGCUGAGAACCGAUCCCAAUAGGAGAGCUAAGGACAAGUACUGCAGAUUCCACAAGGACCAUGGUCACAACACAGAUGAUUGUAUUGACCUAAAGCAGCAGAUCGAGGAUCUGAUCCAAAGAGGGAGACUUCAACGUUUUAUGAUGAAGAAGUAUCAGAAACAAUACAUGAGGGAAGAUACAAGCAAGGACGGCACACCCGUUUAUCCUGCAGGGCAAAUAGCUCUGCCAGUUACCAUGGGCCAAGAAAGAAGUCAGAUUACACGUUAUAACCAAAUCCGAAUGCAUGAAGGAGAAAAAGAGAAGACCUCGUUCAUUAUCAACAGGGGAUUAUAUUGCUACAGAGUAAUGCCCUUCGGUCUUAAGAACGCAGGGGCAACAUAUCAAAGGCUGGUUAACAAGAUGUUCAAACAACAGAUUGGGUGCAAUGUAGAAGUAUAUGUGGAUGAUAUGCUGGUCAAAAGAAAAUUCUUAGGCUUCAUGGUAUCCCAAAGAGGUAUCGAAGCAAAUCCUGAGAAGAUCCAAGCCAUACUCACCAUGCGUUCACCCCAGAACAUCAAAGAGGUCCAAAAGCUAACAGGACGAGUUGCAGCACUAAACAGGUUCAUCUCUCAAGCAACUGAUAAAUGCCAAGCAUUCUUCAAAGUUUUGAAAAAAGCUUUUGAAUGGACAACCAAGGAGGAAGAAGCCUUCCUCCAGCUAAAGACUUAUAUGGCGUCCGUGCCACUGCUUAGCAGAACCCAAGAAGGGGAUGAUCUAUUUCUCUACCUUGCUGUCUCCCCACAUGCUGUUAGUGCAGUUUUGAUCAGGGAAGAGCAAGGGACAUAG